CGGAUUUGCAAUCUUGCCGAGAAACGGAUGUCUAGCGCGGUCGUGAUUGUUGGCGCAGGCGUCGUUGGCCUCACCACGGCGCUCCAACUCAUACAGGACGGCAUCUUGCCAUCUCAGAUCACCAUCGUUGCGAAGGACGGCCCUGACAAGACAACGUCAUUCGUUGCUGGCGCCCUCUGGGAAUGUCCUCCCUAUCGUAUGGAAGCGAGUCCAAGCGUGCUGAAGUGGUGCGAAGCUACGUUUCGCAAAUACGUGCAGCUCAUGCGAGACUAUCCUGAGAGCGGCAUGCACAUUGUUCCAAACAUCACCGUGAGUCAGCAUCCAAUCAAGACGAACAUCGCUGCCAAAGCGAUGGCUCCUUCCUAUCGAGAAAGCUCCGAUCUUACGUCUCCCGCAAUGUUGCAGUGGCUUCAAGCCCACGGAGCGUCCGAGCUCCGUUCAUUUCACCAUUUGCAGCACUAUGACGCUGUCGUUGCUGACAUGGGGGUCUACCUCAACUGGCUAAAGGAUCAAUUGGCAGCGCGCCGCGUCCAUAUUAACAUUCAAAACGUCGUCGAUCUCCGCGAGUUGGCGACGCCAGGGACAGUCGUCGUCAACUGCACGGGGCUCUUCAAAGACGAUCCUGCCAUGUUUCCAUGCAAGGGACAAGUCGUGAUGGUUCACGCUCCUUGGAUCCGUUCUGCAAUUUGCGACGAAGAUUCAGGCGCGUACAUGAUUCCACGACCAAACGGGAACCUCAUCUGCGGCGGCACUGCCGAGAACAAUGUGUGGAACACGGAUGUUCUGGAGGAAGUCACGAAACGCAUUCUACGGACAUGUGCCCUCGUCGUGCCAAGUGUUGCCCGAGCCAAGAUGGUUGCUGCGCGUGCAGGGCUGCGGCCUGAGCGGAAGGGUGGAGUUCGCAUCGAAGUUGAGACUACUCCGUCUGGAGGUCAUCUCGUUCAUCAUUACGGUAGUCUGCUUGAGCAAAUUCAUGGUCCGUGUUGUACGAGUGACCGUGGUUGAUGCGUGUAGGACAUGGUGGGUCUGGGUUUUGCCUGGCGUGGGGAACGGCCGUCGAGGCAUCAGCUCUCGUCCGUCAAUGUCUCGCGCAUCGAAGCAAGUUGUGAUAAUCUUCGGUAGACGUAACCCCUAACAUGCUGAAGGAGCGGGUGCGCGUCGCAGGAAGGCUGCACUUCCUCCGAGGUUGCAUCGGUUGAAUCUUCGAGAGAUUUGGAAGCUUGCAAUGUGAUUCGUCCACGAAAUGAGAAUUUUAAUUGGUCAAAAUACUUUGAUUUUAGC